CAUCGUGUGUUUACAUUACCGCAGAGCCCCACAGCUGAACAGCGUCUGCGACAUUGGCGAGCCGGCAGUCAGUGACGCGGCCGUGGCCAAGCAUCCUCGCGGCCGGAGCGCCAGCCAGCUGCUGCUCUGCGUUUGAAGGCCCGUCAUACCUGAAAGUAUCUACGAAGCUCUCCAGAUGGGCCCUGCCGACGUUCAGAUGAGCUCCACCAACUAGACAGCGUCGCCUCGAGCGAAGUGGAUCAGCUUCCACCGUUACCUAAGAAAAACGAAGGUCACACCAGGUGAUCCUGAGGACCCCUCCCAAGGCAACCUCACAGGCACCACCAGGUGGCCAGAGAGCUCUACCGGGACGACCUCACAGGCAUCACCAGGUGACCCGAGGAGCUCUGCUGAGGUGACCUCGAGAAGCUAUACCUAGGCGACCUCACAGGCACAACCAGGUGACCCUAGGGGCUCUACUGAGGUGACCUCGAGAAGCUCUACUGAGGCGACCCCGCAUCGCCGCAGUGACGUCAGGUGACCGGCCCAGGCCAGGUCGUGUGCCCCGGUGUGCCCAGACCCGGACAGUCCAUCGACGAUGCACGUUGUUGUGAUCGGCGCGGGCGUGAACGGAGUUGGGUCGGCGCUGGCCAUCCAGCAAGAGUUGCCCGAGGUCAAGGUCACCAUAGUCGCAUCAGCCUUCAGCCCGGACACGACCGGCGACGGUGCCGCCGGCCUCUGGGGUCCGCACCUGGUCGGCGGCGAUCCACAGCAGAUAGCCCGUUGGAGCCGGAGGACGCACGACCUUUUCCACCAGCUCUGGCGGGAGGGCGACUGUCCGGGCAUCGGCCUGUUCAGCGGCUCAGACGCGUCGCCUGAGCCCACUGCCCACGAUACCGUCCCCUUCUUCUGCGGCGAGCUCAGCAGCGACAAACACCCGCAGGUGGCGCUACAGUCGCAGAUGACGUCACCGUCACAGGUGGCGCCACAGUCGGGUGGGAAGCCGAACGCGAAGUCGCAGUCGCAGGUGGGGCCGCAAACGCUAGUGGCGCCACCAUCACCAGUGGAGCGCCACUGCCAGUAUGUCACGUUCUACGCCGAGCCCGCCAAACUGCUGCCGUUUCUCCUGGCACGCUUCCGAGAGCGGGGCGGCGCCACCGUCACUACCACUGUGACGGCUCUUGCCGAGCUGGCAGCUUAUGACGUCAUCGUCAACUGUAGCGGCCUGGGAGCACGCGAGCUGGUCGGCGACCUCGGCGUGUACCCGAUCCGAGGGCAGGUCGUCCGCGUGCGUGCCCCGGCCGUGAAGACGUUCCUCGGCACCGACACGCACUACGUGAUCCCGAACGACGACGUGGUGAUCCUGGGCGGGACGGCGCAGACCGACGAUUGGCGCCGGGCGCCGGACGCCGCCGACACGGCGCGCAUCCUGGCCGGGUGCUGCCGCCUGGUGCCGGCGCUGCGCGACGCGCCCGUGCUGCGCGUCUGGGCCGGACUGCGGCCGUACCGCGCGGGCGGGGUGCGGCUGGAGCUGGAGCGGCGCGCGCUGGCCGGCCGAUCCGUACCCGUCGUGCACAACUACGGCCACGGUGGGGCGGGGGUGACGCUGUUCUGGGGCUGCGCCCUGGACGUGGCGGUGCUGGUGGCGGCGGAGGUGCGCCGGCUCGGCCGCAGCAGGUUGUAAG